AUGUCCGACAUUUCCAUCAAAAAGGGCCCCAUCGCCUUGGCCGGUCUACUGUUUAGACCUUCCAACCCAGCAGAGAAGACAACACCCGGACUGGUGAUUGUCCAUCCGGGCGGUGGUGUCAAGGAACAAACCGCUCAAUUAUAUGCUCAGAAAUUAGCAAACGCUGGCUUUACAACAAUUGCCUAUGAUGCAUCCUACCAGGGAGCUAGUGGAGGCGAACCCCACUUCCUUGAGGACCCAAACGAGCGUGUGAGCGACAUCUACGCUGUCGUCGACUACCUUCAAAAUCUGGAUUUUGUUGACCCGGAGAAGAUCGGUGUCUUGGGUAUCUGUGCCGGAGGUGGUUAUGCCGUUGCGGCCGCGAAGGCAGACCAUCGAUUGAAGGCUCUGGCAGCCAUUAGUAUGGUCAACAUCGGAGACUCCGCUCGUAAGGGCUGGGAUGGAGAUGAGGAUCCUUCCAAGCAGGUUGAGUCACUUCGUGGAGCAGCAGCUCAAAUUACUGCUGAAGUUAAGGGUGCGGAACGCGCAGCUGCACCCUAUGUCCCACCCCAACCUGACGACAAGACCCCGAGGGACUUGAAAGAGGCGAAGGAUUAUUACCUCACUCCGCGUGCACGGCAUCCUCGAGCUGAGAACAAAAUGCUAUUCCUCAGCUUCCCUCGAGUCCUGACUUUCGAUGCCUUCCACCUGGCCGAUGUGUUCCUCAAGCAAGCUACACUUCUGAUCGCCGGCGAAAAGGCAGGAUCUCUAUGGCACACCGAACGGUUGGAUAAGUUAAUUGGUGGAGCCACGAAUAAGAUUGUUGUUCCGAACGGGGCGCAUAUGGACUUUUACGAUAACGAGGCUUAUGUCGGACCAGCUGCCGAGAAUGUUGCCGAAUUCAUGAAGAAGCAUCUCACCUAG